AUGGCAGUUGUUGUUCCUAGUCCUCGUAUGUGUAAGACUUACGUGGAAGAGCAUCUCAUGGGUGCAGGCAGCAAGCUGGCUGCUGGUGCGGUGGUUGGACCAGGCGGAUUUGCUUGGGCGCAAAGCGAUCAUUUUCCAACAGUUCAGACGAAUGAGUUUGAUUCAAUUAUUGAGGAAUUUGAUCACCCCGGAGCCCUUGCGAAUGGACUAGUAUUUGCGGGAGUAACAUAUAUGGAUGUCCAGCAUGUUGGUAAUUCUGUAAUCAAAGCAAAGAUAGAUGAGGCAUCCAAUUCUGGAAUUACUAUUUUCAGAUUGUGGACACCCCUCCUUAUCGGUUUGUAUGAUCAAAAUCCAGAGGAGUGCAGCAAGAUUGUAGAAGAUUUGGGAGCUUACAUUGAGGGUCAUUAA